GGAGCUUCACAUCGUUCCUGGCUGGUGGAAAGACGGCGGUGAAAUGGGUGAGACUGUGGUCGAUACGAGGAGGCUGUGCGCUAAGCCACAGAACCUUAACGACGCUUAUGGACCGCCGAGUAAUUUUUUAGAGAUCGACGUGAUCAAUCCCGAAACUGUCGGACUUGGCAGAGGCAGAUACACUACAUACGAAAUCAGACUGAAGACAAACCUGCCCAUCUUUAAGCUGAAGGAGUCUUGUGUACGGCGGCGUUACAGUGACUUUGAGUGGCUCAGAGCAGAGCUGGAGAGGGAGAGCAAGGUGGUCGUCCCUCCACUCCCAGGAAAAGCACUUUUCCGGCAGCUUCCAUUCCGAGCAGACGACGGGAUAUUUGAUGACUCUUUCAUCGAGGAACGAAGACAAGGUUUGGAGCAGUUUCUUAACAAAGUGGCCGGUCAUCCUCUAGCCCAGAACGAGCGUUGCCUGCACAUGUUUCUACAGGAGGAAUUUGUGGACAAGAACUACACCCCAUCCAAAAUCAGACAAGCCUAAAAAGGAAAAGGAUGGUUGUGCUUGACUCAACCCAAAGCUCUUCUCACAGCUCCAGGUUUCUCAGACAUUAAAACACUUCAGUGACACCUUCAGUGCCGCCCCAAACAGCAUUCUUCACUCACACUUUUUGUUUAAUUAGUGGCAUAAUUGGUGUUUGUUUGUCACCUUCAAAUUGGAUUCAAGAAUGUUUGACACAUAAAUGUAAUUGAAAGUAAUUUAUAAUUGAUAAUUGCUGUCUGGAAUUGCCACUAACAUUGAGAUAUAUAUAUAUAUAUAAAUCAAAUUUAGAUAUGUUUUGAGUUUGCCCAUUUAUAUAGUAUUCUGAGUGACUCUUCUGUGUAUGCAAAGCUCAUGUAAAGACCCGCAGCCUUUUCCAUUGUACCUCUACUCUAGGCAUGUUGCAAAACACAGGACCUAAACACAGAUUUGACAGGCACCCGCCUCUCCAAUCACACUUAGCUGCCCUCUCGUCAAAGUGAAGCAUGUGUUUAUCAGCCAGCACCCGCCCUACUAACACAAUUUUCUAGCAAGAGAGAAGAAAUUUACACCAACAGAAAUGCAGUAUUUCUACAGGCUACGUGCAUUUUGAGAUUUGUACACAGCUAUGCCAUUUUUGUUUGUUUUUGAAAAUUUUCCAAUAAAAUAUAUGAAAUGCA